AUGACGCGUGGAUUUAGCGAUUCAGGAAAUCCCGCUCCACUGAGAUUCUUGAAUCACACCGUCCUAAUGUUAGCAUUCUUUUUAUUAGUCGAGGUUCCACGCUUCGAAAACAAUAUGCCCAACUUGACUGUAUCACUGGGAAGAGAGGCAGUAUUUACAUGCGUCGUAAAUGACCUGGGCUUAUACAGGGUGGCGUGGUUACGAGUGGAUACACAGACUAUAUUGUCAAUCGCAGGCCACGUUAUAACGAAGAACCAUCGAAUCGCAGUAACUCAUAGUGACAGGCGCGUAUGGUUCCUGCAUAUUCUGGAAGUGCGACAAGCUGAUCGCGGCUGGUACAUGUGCCAGCUUAACACUGACCCUAUGAAGAGUCAAGUUGCUCAUCUAGAUGUCGUAGUGCCUCCGGAUAUUUUGGACUACGCAACGAGUGGGGACCAGGUUGUGUUAGAAGGUUCUAAUAUAACUUUACGUUGUGCUGCCCACGGCGUGCCCACGCCCACGGUUAUUUGGAGAAAGGAAACCGGAGAUCUACUUGAUACGAAGAACUUCAGUGAUGUACAAAAUCAAUCAAUAAGCGGAUCAAAGUUAGAAAUAGUGAAGAUAUCACGUAUGCACAUGGGUGCUUACCUUUGUAUAGCCAGUAAUGGAGUGCCGCCUUCAGUUAGCAAGAGAAUCACGUUAAUUGUACAUUUUCCACCAAUAAUGACUAUACAGAAUCAACUAGUAGGAAGUUUGGAUGGAGAAUCAAUUGUAUUAGAAUGUCAUUCAGAAGCAUUCCCUAACUCUAUCAAUUAUUGGACGUUUAACGGUCGUAUUAUAUCACAAAAUGACAAGAAAUACGAAAUAAAAGCUAUCGAUCGAAGCUAUGAAGUGGAUAUGAAAUUAAAAAUUAAAAAAGUAAACAGAGAUUCCUAUGGUACAUAUACAUGCGUAUCGAAAAACUCUCUCGGAGACACCGACGGCAGUAUAAAGUUAUAUCCAAUAUCCAGUAAAUACGAAGACCUGCAGUACAAUGAUGUGAAUAUAUUCGAUAAAAGCCUAGACGUGAGUGAACUUGAGGCGCAGAAGCGAAGGAAGCCGCUUGCUAUUGAUUUGGUAUACUAA